UUCGAAACUGUUGAGAUUGGGACUGAUUUCAGCCUCUGCUCCGGGAGGCUCUCCAGAGCUGCCUGACCUCCCAGAGCCAUGCAGAAGGCCUCCCACAAAAACAAAAAAGAAAGAGGAGUCAGCAUCAAGGUCAAAACAUCUGUACACAACUUGAGCAAAACACAGCAGACCAAACUCACUGUGGGCAGGCUGGGAUUAGGCCUCAUCAUCAUCCAGCAUGGACCCUACCUCCAGAUCACCCACCUCAUCAGGAAGGGGGCUGCAGCCAACGACGGGAAACUUCAGCCAGGUGAUGUUCUGAUUAGUGUUGGCUAUGCCAAUGUGUUAGGAUAUACUCUUCGAGAAUUUUUACAGCUUUUGCAACAUAUCACCGUUGGAACAGUGCUACAAAUCAAGGUUUACAGAGAUUUUAUUAACAUUCCUGAAGAAUGGCUAGAAAUAUAUGAUUUAAUCCCGGAGGCCAAAUUCCCAGUAACAAGCACACCAAAGAAAAUGGAGCUGGCAAAAGAUGAAUCUUUCACAAGCAGUGAUGAUAAUGAAAAUGUAGAUUUAGAUAGAAGACUUCAAUAUUAUAGAUAUCCGUGGUCAACUGCGCAUCACCCUGCAAGGAGACCAAUAUCCAUCUCCAGAGACUGGCAUGGAUAUAAGAAGAAGAACCAUACUAUUAGUGUAGGAAAAGACAUUGAUUGUGACGUGAUGAUUCACAGAGAUGAUAAGAAAGAAGUGAAGGCGCCUUCUCCAUACUGGAUAAUGGUGAAGCAAGACAAUGAAACCUCUUCCUCCUCUACUUCCUCUACCUCAGAUGCAUUUUGGCUGGAAGAUUGUGCCCAAGUUGAAGAGGGUAAAGCCCAACCGGUAUCAAAGUUUGGUUAGCAAAUCUGUGGUCAUAUGAGCAUUUACCUUGCAGACACCCAAGUUUUGUGCCUCACCAGGCACAAGUUUGCUAUACUUAUCAAGGACUGUCUGUAGACUCACUAAUUCUCUUCUCUUAUGACUGCAUUAUUAAGCCUUUAGAGAUGUUCUUCAAUAGGAUUAUCUAAAUACUUCCCUGGGUUCUUGCAGGCCUUGCAAAUCUUAUUUUCAGAAUAAGACCCUUCUUUCUGAGAAGAAUUUCUUUUCUUUUCUUUUAGAAAAUGCAGUAGAGAAAUCCAGUAUCAGAAUGUCUGAACAUAGUAGAGAAUGUCACUUUAUUAAACACCACACUUUUCUUUAAAUAUUUAGUUUCUCUCUUUUUUUUGGUAAACUUCAAGUACUAUAAUUAAAAUAAGAGACAUA